AAAGUGUAUAUAUACAUUUAAAAUGAAGCUCACCGUAGAUGGAUUAUUAGUGUAUUUUCCUUACGAUUACAUAUAUCCAGAACAAUAUGCAUAUAUGCUUGAAUUGAAACGAGCUCUUGAUGCGAAGGGUCAUGGACUACUUGAGAUGCCGUCUGGGACAGGCAAAACUAUAUCUUUAUUAUCAUUAAUUGUUGCAUACAUGAUACAAAAUCCACACCAUGUCAGAAAGUUGAUAUACUGUUCCCGCACUGUGCCAGAGAUAGAAAAGGUGUUGGAAGAGCUAAAGAAUCUUAUAAAAUAUUAUGAAAAGAGUCAGGGAGAGAAGCCCAACCUUACAGGAGUUGUUCUCAGUUCCAGAAAGAAUUUAUGUAUACAUCCAGAUGUGUCGAGAGAAAGAGAGGGCAAACUAGUUGAUGGUAAAUGUCACUCUCUCACCGCAAGCUACAUUCGGGAGAGACAUGAGGGUGACAGCUCUGUGCCUAUCUGUCAGUUCUACGAAGGAUUCAACCGUGAAGGCAAGGAGUCAAUGUUGCCAUACGGUGUUUACACAAUGGAUGAUUUGAAGCAGUAUGGUGCGGACAGAAACUGGUGUCCAUACUUCUUGUCCAGAUUUGCUAUAAUCCACGCAGAUAUAGUUGUUUAUUCAUACCACUACCUGUUAGACCCAAAGAUAGCGGAGGUUGUAUCCAAGGAAUUACACAAGGAAGCAGUGGUUGUGUUUGACGAGGCUCACAACAUAGACAAUGUAUGUGUGGACUCGCUCAGUGUAAGGAUAACCCGGCGCACCAUAGAUAAGAGUACGGCUGCGCUACAGCAGCUGGAGAAGACUGUUGCACAAAUGAGAGAGCAGGACGAGGCGCGGCUGACGGCGGAGUACGAGCAGCUGGUGGAGGGUCUGCGUGAGGCGGCGGUGGCGCGAGAGACAGACACCAUACUGGGCAACCCCAUACUGCCAGAUGAAGUGCUCAACGAGGUGGUGCCGGGUAACAUCAGGAAUGCGGAGCACUUCCUCGGUUUCCUGAAGCGAUUCAUAGAGUACAUAAAGACCCGGCUUCGCAUACAACAUGUGGUGCAGGAGUCACCUGCAGGUUUCCUGAAAGACCUGGCGUCCCGCGUGUGUAUAGAGCGCAAACCGCUGCGUUUCUGUGCGUCCCGUUUGUCCUCGUUACUCCGCGCGCUGCAGAUCCCGGACCCCUCGGGGUUCGCUGCACUGACGCUGGUCACACACCUCGCCACACUCGUCGCCACAUACACCAAGGGCUUCGUCAUCAUCAUCGAACCCUUCGAUGAUAAGACACCAACAGUCUCCAAUCCUAUAUUAUACUUCUCUUGUAUGGAUUCUUCAAUCGCAAUGAGGCCGGUGUUUGCGAGAUUCCAAUCUGUUAUUAUUACUUCGGGAACACUAUCACCUCUGGACAUGUACCCCAAGAUCCUAGACUUCAAUCCUGUCAUCAUGAGCUCUUUCACCAUGACACUUGCGCGACCUUGUCUCCUGCCCAUGAUAGUAUCAAAGGGCAGUGACCAGGUGGCCAUAUCUUCAAAGUACGAGUCACGUGAGGACGUGGCCGUCAUCAGGAACUAUGGCCAACUGCUUGUUGAGAUAUCAGCUUGUGUACCUGAUGGUGUGGUGUGUUUCUUCACCUCCUACUUGUACUUGGAGAACGUGGUCGGAGCAUGGUACGAUCAAGGUGUGGUGGCGAGUUUGCAGCGUCACAAGUUGUUGUUCAUCGAGACACAGGACUCUGCGGAGACCAGCUUCGCUCUCAUCAACUACAUCAAGGCGUGUGAGAGUGGUCGUGGCGCGGUGUUGCUGUCAGUGGCUCGCGGCAAAGUAUCGGAGGGUGUGGACUUCGACCAUCAUCUCGGGAGAGCUGUUCUCAUGUUCGGCAUACCUUAUGUCUUCACUCAGAGUCGCAUCCUGAAGGCGCGACUAGAUUAUCUGCGAGAUCAGUUCCAGAUCCGUGAGAAUGAUUUUCUUACAUUUGACGCAAUGAGACACGCAGCUCAAUGUGUCGGACGAGCUCUCAGAGGCAAGACAGAUUACGGUAUUAUGAUAUUCGCGGACAAACGUUUCAGUCGCGCGGACAAACGCAGCAAGUUGCCGCGCUGGAUACAGGAACAUCUGCGCGACUCACUCUGCAACCUCAGCACUGAGGAGGCUGUGCAGAUCUGCAAGCGGUGGCUCCGUCAGAUGGCGCAGCCGUUCACUCGCGAGGACCAGCUCGGCGUCUCCCUGCUGACGCUGCAGCAGCUGCAGUCACAGGAACAGCAGGACAAGAUAGAGAAGCAAGUCAUACAGAAGUAAAAUAAACAAACAACAGUUCCAAAGUCGUGGAUUUUUUGACAUUAAACU